AUGUCGACCGUAUCGCCAGAAACAACAAACGCGGAUGUGAUCUCGCCUCCAAAAUACACAGCAAACGCUGAAUCCCCCCGCGACGAGAAAAUCGCAAUUGAACAACCUAAAGUCGACGACGAAAACCUCCCCGAAGUCGUUACCGAGCAGACCAGCCCAGCGCAAAUGAGUCCUCCCACCGCAAGCGACUAUCGUCCCGUUUCGACUGUUUCUCCUGCGCCGGAAAGUACAUUGAACUGGGACGGUACACAAUCGCCGCCGAUCCUGCAGCAUCCUGCUCUUGCGCAGCAACAGUACGCGGGGCAUCAGUCGAUGGCCAUUCCAGCGCAGCAGGUUCCCCCGGGAGAAACUGUUACGCCGUUGCAUUUGCUGGCUGACCAGCCUGAUAUGAUGGAUUGUCCGUUUUGUCAGCGCCGCGCUGAGACAAAGGUCAAGAAAUCUGCUUCUUCAAUGACACAUAUUUAUGCGACUGCUCUUUUCUUCACGACUCUUUUCGGUGUUAUCUUCCCUUACGCAUGUCACUGCGCGCCAAACAUCAGCCAUUUCUGCAAGAACUGCGGUCGCAAAGUCGCAUUCAAGGAGCGCGGUAGUGAGAUGGAAGCACUGGGCACGCCAGAUCAUCUGAGGGAGGUCUCAAAGUAUCCAGCUGCUCCGCCGAAGCAGAAAUGA